UGGCGGCCGCUGCAGCCCUCACUGUGCACCGGCGCCUGCCUUCGCCGCAGCUUGCGGUGCCGCCACCCCGGUCGGCCUUUUCCACGCUAUGGCCGCGGCCUCCUCCCCGCCCAGGACUGAGAGGAAGCUCGGGGGCUGGGGCCGCCUGCUGGGCUCCCGGCGGGGCAGCGCCGGCUUGGCCAAGAAGUGCCCCUUCUCUCUAGAGUUGGCUGAGGGUGGCCCAGCGGGCGGCACUCUCUACGCGCCCGUCGCGCCUCCCGGCGCCCUGAGCCCCGGGUCUCCCGCGCCCCCAGUGUCCCCUGCCGCGCCCCCUGCCGGCCUGGAUCUCGGCCCGCGGCCGCCGGUGAGCCUCGAUCCACGCGUCUCUAUCUACAGCGCGCGCCGUCCGCUGCUCGCGCGCACCCACAUCCAGGGCCGCGUCUACAACUUCCUCGAGCGCCCCACAGGCUGGAAGUGCUUCGUCUACCACUUUGCCGUCUUCCUUAUCGUCCUGGCCUGCCUCAUCUUCAGUGUGCUGUCCACCAUCGAGCAGUAUGCAGCUCUGGCCACUGGGACCCUCUUCUGGAUGGAGAUUGUCCUGGUGGUGUUCUUUGGGACAGAGUACGUGGUCCGUCUCUGGUCUGCAGGCUGCCGCAGCAAAUAUGUGGGCAUCUGGGGCCGGCUGCGUUUUGCCCGGAAGCCCAUUUCCAUCAUUGACCUCAUCGUGGUUGUGGCCUCCAUGGUUGUCCUCUGUGUGGGCUCAAAAGGGCAGGUGUUUGCCACAUCAGCUAUCAGGGGGAUCCGUUUCCUACAGAUCCUGCGGAUGCUACACGUAGACCGCCAGGGAGGCACUUGGAGGCUCCUGGGCUCUGUGGUCUUCAUCCACCGCCAGGAGCUGAUCACCACUUUGUAUAUUGGCUUCCUGGGCCUCAUCUUCUCCUCCUACUUUGUGUAUCUGGCUGAGAAGGAUGCAGUGAAUGAAUCAGGCCUUGUGGAGUUUGGAAGCUAUGCAGAUGCACUGUGGUGGGGAGUGGUCACAGUCACCACUAUCGGCUACGGCGACAAGGUACCCCAGACCUGGGUUGGGAAGACCAUUGCCUCCUGCUUCUCUGUCUUUGCCAUCUCCUUCUUUGCACUCCCAGCGGGGAUCCUUGGCUCUGGGUUUGCCCUGAAAGUCCAGCAGAAGCAGAGGCAGAAGCACUUCAACCGCCAGAUCCCAGCUGCGGCGUCGCUCAUCCAGACUGCAUGGAGGUGCUACGCUGCCGAGAACCCCGACUCUUCCACUUGGAAGAUCUACGUGCGGAAGCCCACCCGGAGUCACAUGCUGCUCUCCCCUAGCCCCAAGCCAAAGAAGUCUGCCAUGGUAAAGAAAAAGAAGUUCAAACUGGACAAAGAUAAUGGAGUGAGUCCUGGAGAGAAGAUGCUCACAGUCCCCCAUAUCACAUGUGAUCCCCCAGAAGAGCGGAGGCCAGACCAUUUCUCUGUUGAUGGCUAUGACAGUUCUGUAAGGAAGAGCCCCACGCUGCUGGAAGUAAGCCCUGCCCACUUCCUGAGGACCAACAGCUUCGCUGAGGACCUGGACUUGGAAGGGGAGACGCUGCUGGCCCCCAUAACCCACGUGUCACAGCUGCGAGAGCAUCACCGGGCCACCAUCAAAGUCAUCCGGCGCAUGCAGUACUUUGUGGCCAAGAAGAAAUUCCAGCAAGCCCGGAAGCCCUACGAUGUGCGGGAUGUCAUCGAGCAGUACUCACAGGGACACCUCAACCUCAUGGUGCGAAUCAAAGAGCUGCAGCGAAGGUUGGACCAGUCCAUCGGGAAGCCCUCCCUGUUCAUCCCCAUCUCAGAAAAGAGCAAGGACCGUGGCAGCAACACGAUUGGCGCCCGCCUGAACCGGGUGGAAGACAAGGUGGUGCUCAGCUCCCUGGAGGCACAGGAUCCUCAGAAGACAGCAGAGGCCUUUCUCGGACUGGAAAAUGGGGCAAGAUUCCCCAGCACAUCUGAGCCAUACAUCAGAGCCAUCAUGGCACUUGACUGCCCCAGGAGGGGCCCAGAAAUACCCUUUGUUCUUUCUGCACGAGUGCCUCACACCCACCCCAUACACAGCCACACAGAGCCAGAGGCUGCAUCUGCCCUGGGAUGUACAGGCCACCCUGCUCCAGUUGUCCCCACCAGCCCAGCUGCUGAGCCCCCCAAAGCCCUCCCACUUGUCAGGUCCUCAGCACCAGCUGCCCAAAGCGCUGUCCCCAGCCCAGGCUGAUGACCCAGGCCUUCCCUGCCAGACGGGCACACUCAGUUGCCAGCAUGGCCCCCCCAAUCCCUCCCCAACAGGUGUCCCCACCACUGCUGGAAGCUUGGAUACACUACUCGUUCCCCUUGCCCCAGACUCCAGAAUGAUGGUGGAUGAGGGAGGCACUUGCCAUUCAGGAAGAGAGUGCAACAGUGCCCCAGCCCACCCUGCAGUGGUCAUUCCCAUGACCCCACAUCUUCAUUCUUCCAGCCCCAGCCUGGCCUCAAGUUCAGGCCUCUCCUGCCCUUUUGAAGAGACCAGCUGGAUAUUUCCCAGGGAGAUCUACCCUACAGGACCCUGGAGAGUCCACACCUGGCCCUCAUCCAUCCAUCUGUCUUUCUGUCUAACCAUCCAGCAUUUGCCAAGCACCCUUAAGCUCCAGGCUCUGGGUGUGGGUGGUGGGCUAGAUGGCCACAGUGCUGGAUCCCCAGAGCUACAGCUCAGUGGGGAGCACAGAGAACAGUUGAGGAAAUAAAAACAGGGGCAACGUCACUCCGUAGUGAUAAGGAAUACUGUUAUGCCUGGCCAUAUGCUGGGGGUGGAGGCAGAGGAAGUGAAGGGGGCAAGACCGACCCAAGUCCCAGCUGACCCUGCUCAGAGCAGGCCAAGGACCCAGGGGUAGGAGACACCCAACACCUUGGUCCACAAACGAGAACAGAGGACCCGUUUGAAACGCACCUGAGACAGAGAGUCCCAGACUCCAAGUUAUAGGAGCUCAGGUGAUAGGAGCUCGGGGCCUUCCUGACAUUCCUGAAGUAAACCCUACGUGACUUUGACUCUGCAGCCACACGUCACUUAAAAGGGCCGUAUUCCGAAAAACGCAUGUGGCUAUCACAGUGUGCACUUAAACAGGCCAAGACAACCACGAGGUCAUGAGGCGAUGUGUUCCUGGGGAUCAUGGGCAUGUGUAUAGUCUGUGGUUUCUGAGACAGGGCUGUCUACUUAUGUAUGUUUUAGGAUUUUGGCACUUUUGUUCAGACCUAGUUUGGGCCUAGAAUAUUCUUGUGUUCCCUUGCCCAGUUUCUGUGCCUGGUUUUAUGAGUUGGACGCCUACUCAUCUUGGCCUGUGCCCUGGACUCAUGGUAUGGGGUGGGAUCUGCAUCUUGAAAAUAUGGAAAUCACCCCAGUGUCUGGACUACGAACUUUCUGGAAGAGGAUAGGUGACUGACAUUGUAAUUUCUCCAAUGGGUUUGUGUUUAUUAAGAUUUUCUACUUCAUGAGUCACUUUUAGCAAUUUUUUCUGAAAUUCAUUCAUCACAUUGAGUUUUCAGUUUUAUUGAUAUCAUAAAUACUUACAGUCAAU